CGGCCAUGUUUCCGAAACACAAACAACAAGACUAGCACACACACUCUCUCACACACACAUAUACAUUGAUGCGACCGUUGGAAGAAGGCGAGGAAGAACAAAAAUACGACAUUGAGCACGGAGCGAGCACGGGAGUUCGAUUGUGUCGAAUGCGUUUACAAGUGUUCGGAGAAUAGCCUACAAUGCGUGCAGUACAUUGGCUGUAGGCGACGCAGCCCGGGAGGUGCUUGUGUUUCGGAACAAGUAAAGGGGCGCAGAGGAAAGGACAGGAAGUCAAGGCAUUACCUGGAGGGUCUCUGCCAAUCCACGUUUUAGUCGGAGCGAGCGAGAAAGGCACCGAGAAAAGGGAAGGAACAGGAGUGCGUGUCGCCUCUGCUCUCGGCAGCUGUUCCAGCAGCCAGCUUUCUUUUUGUUUUUGUUUUUUUUGUUUUGUUUAUUUUUUGUCGGCUGUAGCCUGUGACUUUGCAAAUGUUCCUUUUUGGAUGAAGUGGUUCAGGUUGGGACCUUAAAUGUGAGAUCUAACUGCUGUAAAAACCCAGAGUGCGAAGGAUAUCGAAACAAAAAUCCUAGCAAUUCUUCUAUUUUCUUGUUCCAUUGAUGAUUUCCAAAGUUUUCUUUUCAAUGUUUUACAACCUUAAUCGGCUGUGAGUAGCAGGAGCUUCCAUUCUCCAAUCAGUGGUCGGAGACCUUCCUUACCGAUCACGGACUGAUAACCCGGUACCUCUCAAGCACCUACAACUGGCAGCUAUUCUUGUGGAUGUGUAUUUUUUUGGGGAGGGGGGGAGCCCUGUGACCACAGCUUAAGCACCACUCAGCCUUCAAGUCACCCAAGCCUAACUAAACCUAGCCAGCUCCAGCCUGGUCCUGCCCAGUCCUGCCUGCUCCGAAAUAUCUGGACAGGAUACUCGUUUCUGUGUGGACGUGAAGAACAUGACUGCUGAGACUCUCAACUUUGGCCCAGAAUGGCUACGUGCACUGUCCAGUGGGGGGAGUGUGACGUCCCCCCCUCCCUCCCCCGCCAUGCCAAAGUACAAGCUGGCCGAUUACCGCUACGGCCGAGAGGAGAUGUUAGCACUUUAUAUCAAAGACAACAAGGUCCCGGAGGAGAUGCAGGAUAAGGAGUUUGCUGCUGUUCUGCAAGAAGAGCCCAUGCAGCCAUUGGCACUGGUGCCUCUCACUGAGGAGGAGCAGAGGAACUUCUCCAUGUCUGUAAAUAGCGUGGCUGUGCAGCGGCUCUUGGGUCGGCCGGCGGGCGGAGCUUCCCCGGCCGGUGCGGUCCGAGGACGAGGCGCCACACGGGGCAGCAGAGGCCGGGGCCGUGGGGAAGGUGGAUUCUACCAAAGAAGUAUUGAAGAUGCCGAGGUGAGCUUUGGACGAAGUUCCAGAGAGAUACAUCGUAGCCAGAGUUGGGAUGACCGAGGUGAGCGUCGCUUUGAGAAACCGCUCCGGCGGGAGGGGGGCCGUCCCGGCUUCGAAGAGUCUGCAGGUCCUGGGGGCCCUGGAAGGAAGGAGUACACAAGGGCUGACAGCGAUAACUGGCGCACCCUCCGGGAGGAGCAAGAAGGGGAGGAGCCCGAGCCGGGAAGCAACUGGAGAGUCGCCGGACCUCGCAGAGACGACGGCGGUCCCCGCUCAGCAGGCUGGCGGGAUCACGGCUGUCCGGGCGACAGUCGCCGGCGCAAGUUUGAUUUUGAUUUCGGAGGUUCCGAAGCCGGGGGCCCCGGCCGUCGGCGCGCGGGGAGCGACGGGCCUGAAGACGAUAGGGACGGCCUUCCUGAGUGGUGCAUGGAUGAAGAGGAUGGCGGAAUGGGAACGUUUGACUCCUCUGGGGCGUUCAUGCCAAUGAAGAAGAGUGGCAAGGAUACAAUCUUAGAGGAGGAGUUUAAGGGCAUUGAGGAAGAAGAGGAGGAGAGUCUUCCUGACGCCGAGAGGAUCGACGGCGAUAAAGAUAAAGAGAGUAAAGAAGCCACAUCGGCUUCAGUUGAUGCGGAGGCAAAGCCAGCGGCGACUUCCUCCUCCCCUCCUACCCAUUGUGCCCCUCCAUCCCUGGAGCCCCAGGCCAGCAACCGCGGUCCACCAGCCGACAACGCUCAGCUGAGCAACAGCCACCCUUUAAAAGAUAGUAGCGCACCAAGCGAAGAUAUGGCUCUGGUUGUAGGAUCCAAGACCCAAGCGGGCCCAAACACUGCCUCCUCUUCCGUGCUGCCUCCACCACCCCCAUCUUCUGCUGCUCCCCUCCCGCCUACAUCCGGGGUUGGAGACGCUGAGGACGAUGAGGGCAUGAAACACCUGCAACAGGAGGCAGAGAAGAUGGUGGCGUCGCUGCAGGACACAUCUUUAGAAGAAGAGUGUUUUACGCAGGCUCUGCAGCAGCAGCAGCUGGAGAGCAGGAACACCGCAGCCGCUCUGCCCCUGUCACACGAGGCAGCCAUGAAGUGGUUCUACAAAGACCCGCAGGGAGAGAUUCAGGGUCCGUUUACCACCGUGGAGAUGUGCGAAUGGUUCCAAGCUGGCUACUUUACCAUGACCCUCUUGGUCAAGCGGGGCUGCGACGAGGGCUUCCAACCCCUGGGCGAAGUCAUCAAGAUGUGGGGCCGCGUGCCCUUCGCCCCGGGUCCCUCCCCGCCGCCCCUGCUGGUGAGACAGCCACCACCAACGCAGCGCCCGCAGCCCACCCGGGGGCCCGCCGGGACUGUGAGUCAGAGCUCAGCCAACAUAGACGAUGGGAAGGGGUGGAUGCAGAAGGGAGGGAAGAUGGAUAGACAGGCCACGGGAAACCUGGAUCAAGAGCGUCUGAAAAAACAGCAGGAGCUGGCGGCGGCAGCUCUUUAUCAGCAGUUGCAGCAGCAACAAUUGUUUCAGCUCAUUAACAGAUGCAGUGAGCAGGGUAUGAUGCCUUCGAUGAACAGGUCGAUGUCAGUGCCAGAUACAGGGUCCAUGUGGGACAUGCAUACCUCAGCUUCACAGCCGUCAGGUGGUGAAGCCAGUCUUUGGGACAUAACAAUGAAUCCUUCUACUCAGGGUCCAACUCUGGAACAGCUUCAAAAGCUCCAGCAGGAGAGGCGAGAUGCUGAACUCAGGGCGAAGCGGGAGGAAGAGGAGCAACGCAAAAGGAGGGAAGAGAAGAGGAGACAACAGGAGGAACAAAAACGAAGGGAGGACGAGGAUCUCUUCAGACGCAAGCAGCUUCAGUGUCGUCAGCAGCAGGAGCUGAUAAUGAAGCUGCUGCAACAGGGUCCCCAGCAGGCAGGCGGCUCCAGCUGGAGCGGGGCUUCUUCCUCCGGGCUCUCUAAAACUGGGAAGCCCCAAAGUCUGACUCUGCUGGAGAUGCAGCAGGAGACGGAAAGGCUCCUGAAGCAGCAGCACCAACAGCAGAGAGCGCAGCAGCAGAGGGAGCGGCACUCGGGCAUGUCAAUGGGAAGUUCGUCCAUGGGAAGCCAGUGGGUGGACAGCGUUGGCAUCUGGGGAGGUCCUGGAGGCAUGGAGGGCAAAAGUGGGAGUAUGGGCAUGUGGGAAGAGGCUGUGAAGAACCAGGGGAGCCUGCGCGGCAACGGCAACAAUAACCUGGGCUUGAAGAACAGUCGCAGCAGCCCUUCACUCAGCGAGCAGUACAUGAUGCGUCGUAAGCGGACGGAUGAGGAGGAGAAGCUGCUAAAGCUCUUGCAGGGCAUGAAGCCUCAAGAUGGCUUCACUACCUGGUGUGAGCAGAUGCUGCACGCCCUCAACACCUCCGCUUGCAACUCCUCUUCUCCGGAUGUUGCUACGAUUGUGGCUUACCUGAAGGAGGUGGAGUCUCCCUAUGCAGUGCUGGACUUCAUCCGGUCCUACCUGGGGGACACCGUGGAAGCCAAAGAGUUCGCCAAACAGUUUCUGGAACGACGUGCCAAACAGAAAGCCAACCAACAGAGACAACAGCAGCAGCUAUCAAAAGAGGUGGCUGGCCUGAACAUGAACUUCCCUCUGCAGGACUCAAUGCGAGGAAUGAAUGCAAGCGCCCUGCAGUCCAUGUUUCAAGCCAACCACAUGGGCAAGGUUGGUCUCUACGACAGCCAAGGAGGGAAGAUGAAAAAAAAACAGCCCGUGAUGCUGCACACUGAUCCCAGCAUCUUAGGCUACUCAUUCCACAGUACGGCCGAGUGUCUGAGCCUGAAUGAGAUGGAGAUGGUGGAGGAUUACUGAUGUGACGCAGCGCAGCAGCAAUAGCUACCUGAGGCCUUCUUGUCUUUUAAUCAGACAAACCUGAUGAUGAAUGUGCACUGCUAGGGGAACCCGGGGGUGGGGACCGGGGUGGUCA